CCAUGAGCCUGUAGGAGUUUGUUUUGGGUAAAGCGUCAUUUUCCCGACUCUGUGAUGUCUGUGAUGUAAUCUCUUCGUGAGGUCUUAUACAUACACACACACGCAUAUAGAUAGAUUAGAUAGAUGAUAUAUAGAAGAUAGAUAAAUGAUAGAUAAAUAAUAGAUAGAUAGGUAGAUAGAUAAGAUAGAUAAAUGAAGUUUCCUGGGAACACGUGAAGGGGAAGGCAUAGUUCUGCAAGUGAAGGCCCCCUGAAGUGGAAGACAGCAUUGGUACUAAUGGCUAACUCAAGUUUCAUUGGGGAUCAUGUCCAUGGAGCUCCUCAUGCUGUCAUGCCAGAAGUGGAAUUCCCUGACCAAUUCUUUACAGUUCUAACCAUGGACCAUGAACUGGUGACACUCAGGGAUGUGGUCAUCAACUUCUCUCAGGAGGAAUGGGAAUAUCUGGAUUCUGCUCAGAGGAACUUGUACUGGGAUGUGAUGAUGGAGAACUACAGCAACUUACUCUCACUGGAUUUGGAGUCCAGGAAUGAGACUAAGCAUUUAUCUGUAGGAAAAGAUAUUAUUAAAAACACUGGUUCUCAGUGGGAGGUAAUGGAAAGUAGCAAGUUACGUGGCCUUGAAAGUUCCAUUUUCAGAAAUGACUGGCAAAGCAAAAGCAAGAUUGAAGUACAAGGACCUGAAGUGGGAUAUUUCAGUCAAAUGAAAAUCAUCCCUGAAAAUGUGCCCAGUUACAAAACUCAUGAAUCUCUUACUUUACCUCAGAGAACUCAUGACAGUGAGAAGCCCUAUGAAUACAACAAAUAUGAAAAGGUCUUCAGUUGUGACUUAGAGUUUGAUGAAUAUCAGAAAAUACAUACUGGUGGAAAAAACUAUGAAUGUAAUCAAUGUUGGAAAACCUUUGGGAUAGAUAACUCCAAUAUGUUACAACUGAAUAUUCAUACUGGUGUGAAACCUUGUAAAUAUAUGGAAUAUGGGAAUACAUGUAGUUUUUAUAAAGACCUUAAUGUAUACCAGAAAAUUCAUAAUGAGAAGUUCUAUAAAUGUAAGGAAUACAGAAGGACCUUUGAAAGAGUUGGAGAAGUUACUCCACUUCAAAGAGUUCAUGAUGGUGAGAAACACUUUGAAUGCUCAUUCUGUGGGAAAUCCUUUAGAGUGCAUGCACAACUUACUCGACAUCAGAAAAUCCAUACUGAUGAGAAAACUUACAAAUGUAUGGAAUGUGGCAAGGACUUCAGAUUUCAUUCACAGCUUACCGAACAUCAGAGAAUUCAUACUGGUGAGAAACCCUACAAAUGUAUGCACUGUGAGAAGGUUUUUAGAAUUAGUUCACAGCUCAUUGAACAUCAGAGAAUUCACACUGGUGAGAAACCUUAUGCAUGUAAGGAAUGUGGGAAAGCUUUUGGAGUAUGUAGAGAACUUGCUCGUCAUCAGAGAAUUCAUACUGGUAAGAAACCCUAUGAAUGCAAAGCAUGUGGAAAGGUCUUUAGAAAUAGUUCAUCCCUGACUAGACAUCAGAGGAUUCAUACUGGUGAAAAACCCUAUAAAUGUAAAGAAUGUGAGAAAGCAUUUGGAGUAGGUAGUGAACUUACUCGACAUGAAAGAAUUCACAGUGGUCAAAAACCUUAUGAAUGUAAGGAGUGUGGAAAGUUCUUUAGACUUACGUCAGCCCUUAUUCAACAUCAAAGAAUUCAUAGUGGUGAGAAACCUUAUGAAUGUAAGGUAUGUGGGAAGGCCUUUAGACAUAGUUCAGCCCUUACAGAACAUCAGAGAAUUCAUACUGGAGAAAAACCCUAUGAAUGCAAGGCAUGUGGGAAGGCCUUUAGACAUAGUUCAUCCUUUACCAAACAUCAGCGCAUUCAUACUGAUGAUAAACCCUAUGAAUGUAAGGAAUGUGGGAAUUCCUUUAGUGUUGUUGGGCAUCUUACUUGCCAACCGAAAAUUUACACUGGUGAGAAAUCAUUUGACUGAAAUAAAUGUAUAAAGUGGUUUUCUAUUUCUGAUUUUCACAGGAAAAUACUGUGGAUGGAUUUAAUAGGUAAUCAAGGCAAUUCAGUAUCUCCUUCUUUUAAAGUCUGUUUUUAAACUUCAUGGUCAUUCUAUGUAGACGUAGAAUUGCUUAGUCACAGCUGAUAUAUACUUACAGCUUUGUUAGAUGUUGCCAAAUAUUUCUCCUUUUUAUGUUAAAAAGAGUUUUUUUCAUGAGUUUCUCAUCCUGGCAUGUUUUGUUUACAAUAGCUUUUGAUGUCUGUAUUAUUGCUCUUUUGACUAUUCAGUUUUUUAAUUGUAAUAUUCACUAUCUUUUCUGCAUUGUAAUUCUUUGCUUGUGAUAUCUAUACUUAUUUUCCUCCAGAGAGUUAGAACUCCUAGUCAGAUGCUAUGUAUUUUUACAGUCUUACAGAUCAUUUUGUGUAAUGUUCUUGUUGUGUUUUGUUUUGAAUGAUAGAAGUGUGAUCUCCUUUCCAUUUUCAUCAAAUUGUUGACUUCUCUUUAAAUUUCUACUUUAUUUUGAUAUAACGUAUUCCCCCCCAAAAAAACACAUACAUAGGAACUGGUUAUAUUCCACCAUAACACACACACACUAUAUACAUAUUGUGGGGAAAAGAAAGAGAGAUCAGAUUGUUACUGUGUCUGUGUAGAAAGAAGUAGACAUAGGAGACUCCAUUUUGUUCUGUACUAAGAAAAAUUCUUCUGCCUUGAGAUGCUGUUAAUCUGUAACCCUACCCCCAACCCUAUGCUCCCUGAAACGUGCUGUGUCAACUCAGGGUAAAAUGGAUUAAGGACUGUGCAGGGUGUGCUUCGUUAAACAAAUGCUUGAAGGCAGCAUGCUCGUUAAGAGUCAUCACCACUCCCUAAUCUCAAACCACUCCCUAAUCUCAAGUACCCAGAGACACAAAACACGCGGAAGGCCGCAGGGACCUCUGCCUAGGAAAGCCAGGUAUUGUCCAAGGUUUCUCCCCACGUGAUAGUCUGAAAUAUGGCCUCGUGGGAAGGGAAAGACCUGACCGUCCCCCAGUCCGACACCCGUAAAGGGUCUGUGCUGAGGAGGAUUAGUAAAAGAGGAAGGAAUGCCUCUUUGCAGUUGAGAUAAGAGGAAGGCUUCGGUCUCCUGCUCGUCCCUGCGCAAUGGAAUGUCUCGGUGUAAAGCCCGAUUGUAUAUUCCAUCUACUGAGAUAGAGGAAAACUGCCUUACGGCUGGAGGUGGGACAUGCUGGCAGCUCCUUAAGAUAUUGAGAUGUUUAUGUAUAUGCACAUCAAAAGCAGCACUUUUUUCUUAACUUUGUUUAUGAUGCAGAGACAUUUGUUCAUGUGUUUACCUUCUGACCUUCUCUCCACUAUUACCCUAUUAUCCUGCCACGCCUGAUAAUGAUCAAUAAAUACUAAGGGAACUCAGAGGCCGGUGCCGGCGUGGAUCCUCUAUAUGCUGAACGCCAGUCCCCUGGGUCCCUUUUUCUUUCUCUAUACUUUGUCUCUGUAUCUCUUUCUUUUCCAAGUCUCUCGUUCCACCUAAAGGCAAACACCCACAGUUGUGGAGGGGCAACCCACCCCUUCACAUAUAGUGUAUAUAGUGUGUGUGUGAUGUAUACUAUCUAUAUCACAUAUACUAUAUGUGUGUAUAUAGUGUGUGAUGUAUGCUAUAUAUACUCACAUGCACUAUAUAACACUAUAUACACACACAAUAUAUGUAUAUAUAGUAUAUACACUAUAUACUGGGUACUAUAUAUAUAUACACACACACAUAUAUAUGUGUGUGUGUAUAUAUAGUGUGUAUGUGUGUUAUAUUGGAAUAUAACCAGUUCCUUUAAGCAGUCUUUUUACCUGCAGGCUGUACCAACCAGGAUCCAAAUGAAGAGAACUCUUAAAUAUUUGAUAAAACUACUCACCCAGUAAGUCUCUUAAAAUUUAUCAUUCUCUUAAAUUAUCAUUCUUAAAUUUGUCAAACACCUUUAAAAGGGGAGAAAAAAUGACCACUGAACUUGCAUUAAGAGGAUUUACAACUAUAUAUUAACAUGGCUUCAAUUGUUUUUUAAUCUAUUAUCAUUAUUUUUCUUUUUAUUCCCUCUCAGAGUUGCCUUACUAGGUUUGGGCAUUUCAACAAUCAGCAGACCUUCUUUGGUUUAACUAAUCUCAUUUAACUCCAAAAUCAUCUCUCUUAGGACUGCUGACUUGGUUAUGCAGUCAAUGAGAUCACGAGCCACUGGUUAUUAGAUUUUUUUUUUUUUUUUUUUUUUUUUUUGAGACAGAGGUUUGCUCUUGUUGCCUAGGCUGGAGUCCAGUGGCACGAUCUUGGCUCACCUCAACCUUUGCCUUCCAGGUUCAAGCUAUUCUCCGGCUCAGCCUCCCGAGUAGCUGGGAUUACAGCUGGGAUUAUCAUGCCCGGCUAAUUUUGUAUUUUUAGUAGAGACGGGAUUUCUCCAUGUUGGUCAGUCUGGUCUUGAACUCCCGCCUGCCUCAACCUCCCAAAGUGCUGGGAUUACAGGCAUGAGCCACCGCACCCAGCCUGGUUAUUGGAUUUAUUUAUUUAUUUUGAGAUAGAGCCUUGUUCUGUCGCCAGGCUGGAGUGCAGUGGCGUCAUCUCAGCUCACUGCAACCUCCACCUCCCAGAUUCAAGCGAUUUCCCUGCCUCAGCCUGCCAAGUAGCUGGGAUUACAGGCAUGCGCCACCAUGCCCGGCUAAUUGUAUUUUAGUAAAGACGGAGUUUCACCAUGUUAGCCAAGACAGUCUCAAUUUCCUGACCUUGUGAUCCCCCCGCCUCGGCCUCCCAAAGUGCUGGGAUUAUAGGUGUGAGCCACCAUGCCUGGCCGGUUAUUUGAUUUUUAUAAGAAAAUUUUACUAUUAUUUUCAGAUAAAUUUAUGUCACCGUCAUUCAUUACAUUUUAAUUUUUGAAACUGGUGUCUUUCCCAGAAUUUAUGUACUCUAUAAAGGUGUGAAUGAUUACCAGUAUUAAGCCACUUUCUCAUCUGAUAUAUUGAGCUAUGUUUUAUGUAAAUAUUGCUUAUUCAAGUAGUUUUAAAAGAUAUGUAGUUGGUUGUUUCAUGUCCCACAUGGUAAGAACAAGAGUAUGUUAACCUUUUUGUCAGGAUAUUUGCUAUUUCGUAUCUUUGAAAUAGAGUAGUAGCUCUAUUUCUAACUAAAUUCUAUUAAUGUGACAACACAGCUAAUUUACUCUUGGAUCUCAUUUUACCUUUUUAUCCUGAGUUACCAUCAGUGCUAAUGUUCCUCUUUUUGGUAUAGUUCUCCAGGAGAACUUGUCCUGUAUUUCUUUGUGUGUGUUUUUUUUCCUUUCAGCUUAAACAAAUUAAAACUAAAUAUCUAAACCUUCUAUACAGACAUUAAAAUUAGUGAGAGAACAAAA